CUAUUUCCCCCAUGACUUCUCCACAAGUCCACAUAUGCCAAAGUUAAAUACUAGGAUAGAACCACCCAUCACAAACUUCUAAGCUUCAUAAUCACAAGGCUCAGCGUCCUCAGAGAGGAGAAGAAGAAGAAGGAGAAGAACAACAGGCCAUGGCUCCAACUUGCCAGAGCGAGUUGCCUCUCAAUGAGAAUGACUCACAAGACAUGGUCAUAUACCAAGUCCUAAACGAGGCUUUUGCACUCAACAACUCAAUUAUCCCACCAAUUAAGCGCCAAACCACUCCCACGUCCAGCGCCCUGGAACCUGCUCGGACAAUAGCCAAGAAGCACUACAGGGGCGUGAGGCGUCGCCCCUGGGGAAAGUACGCUGCGGAGAUCCGGGACUCAGCUAAACAUGGUGCACGUACAUGGCUAGGCACCUUCGAAACUGCCGAAGAGGCUGCCUUGGCUUACGAUAGGGCUGCUUUCCGGAUGCGGGGUUCCAAGGCUCUGCUCAAUUUUCCAGCUGAAGUGGUGGCUGCAUCCUCCCAGAGAACGCCCAAGCCUAAUUUGAGCUCCGAGAACUUGAAAAGGGAUGCCUCCAAUUCCAGUAAUAGCUCCGCUGCCUCUUGAAUCAGGAGUAGUGCUUCAUCGGCAUCGGAGACCACUGUUGCGGAAUCACAAGAUAUGGGUUCAUCCGAUUGCCUGCAAACUAUGUAGAACUGUUUUUUGAGACGAAUUCAUCAAAGUAAGUAUCCAUGGGCCUAUUAUGCAAUGGGACACAAGUCCCACGUACGUUUCUACUAAUAUGCAGAUGUGUUAGGUUCUUUCUUUUUUUAUUUCCCCCCCUUUUGUUAUUUUCUCAAUUUUUGGUGUGAGUGAGGAUGUGGUGAUCUUAUCAUAUGUAUAUAUACGUGGUCUCCAGUUAGUUUCCUGAUUAUAAUUCAAUUCUCAAAUGUACUGAAA